AUGGCCAGCUCGACCACCUCUACCACCCCAACGCACAUCGCAGCCCUCUUUGCGCGCCUUGUGGCGUCAGACAAGCGCCAGGACGACAUGCUCAAGUCUAUUCUCGCCCUCAAGCAUCAGCAAGAGGCCGAUCUGGGGUACAUUCUUAAGCACGAGAAGCUUCGCACAGCCGACCUUAUCGCCCUCCGUCAUCGCCUGGAUGAGAACGCCGCGUCGGUCGAGUCCAAGCUCCGCGCGGUGCUCACUGCAGGCGACGCGAAGGAAAGUGCCGGCGGCGGUGUGUCGCCUCAGACCGAGCAUGCUUCAAACGGGGCCACCGCGGACCGUCCCAACCCCUCGUCUACCGCCCAGCAGCAAGACCAUUCGCCGCCCGCCGGCGCCACCCCAUCCGCAACCGGUACCCGCGACUCCUCUUCGCUCUCUAGGUGUACCCCUCCGACCAAAGUGUUCACUCCCCACGUACACACGCAAGUUCAAGCCCUCCGCAAGACCGACCUCCAUGCUGCCCCCCGUCCUUCAAAGGCUGGCGCCAGCAUCCCAAGGCCCCGUAGAGGUUCUGGCACCAACUACUGCAGUCCGUGGAACUUUGAACCUGCAGGGUGCGAGGCGUCCACAUGCCCAGACGGCAAACUACAUGUCUGUUUUGUCUGUCACAAAUGGAACAAGCCGUCGGACCACCGCUUCUGCGGUUGCAACUAUCUGCCCUGGCAGACUCCCACGAAGGUCGCUCCCACCACUGUCCUCGCGCCCAACGCGGUGGCCGUCAAAGGUGGGCCCGGCGCUACCGAGGACAGUCCGAAGGGGAACGACUUCGGCGCUCCUGCUCACCUCGACUCCGAUAUCGCCAAGACCACUGAGAGUGCCCCUGCUCCGGUCCGCACCACAACUGCCACAGACGAGGGGGCUCAAGCCAAAACUUCCACCGUCACCGACUCUGCGCUGCGUGUCCGGUUCCGCAAAGUCGCGCCACUUCCAAAGAUGGGCACAGACGACGAUCCUCCCGUCUACUACUACUGCUACGCUUGGAACACGAUCGAUGGAACCUGCAAGGCGCCGACAUGCCCUGAUGGAUCCCUGCACAACUGCUACUUUUGCCACCCCAAGAACCAACCGUCGAACCACACUGCGAUCAACUGCCCGGCCAUGCACUUCAAGUCGAGCGACACCCCAAAGGUGGGCACGUCCUGUUGCAGUGCCACAGCGGACGCAGGCAAGCCCGUCGUUCCCGUUUUUCGCGGUACUCCUGUACUCUGUGAGGCGUGGAACAGCUCUCGUAGCGCCUGUGAAGGGGAGACUUGUGCGCGCGGGCACCUUCACCAGUGCACCAUCUGUUUUGCGAGCGGCAGGAACAACUGUCACCGCUCAAUCGACCACCACAUCUACACGGGCACUAUUCUAAAGUGA